AUGGCAGCAACGGCAGGGGCGUUGCCUCCGUUGGGGUCCGUGCCCGCCAUCGACCGUCUGCGGGACGCAAAGCGACGCUUUGCGACUUUCGAGAGCUAUUCCGCGUCAGCUCCUUCGGCCGAGCCGCGUCCGGCUGCCCUGCGGCUGAGCGCGCCGCGGCAGCGAGGAUGCUCAACUUCUUCCUCGCCGCCGUAUGCUGCGGCGACCGUGGCUGGUGGGCAGCAGGAGGGAGUGCGUGGUUCCAUGCCACACGUGUCUGGUCUCUCAAGCAUACGCCGGCAUUCCGUAGGAGAUUCCGAGACGAACAGCGUCUUGACGUGGACUCUGCUGAGCCCCAACUGUCGUAACUCGCCUCGUGGUGUGGCGCCAACGGCAUCAUCGUCUUCUGGGGUUGUCGGCAGCGAGGAGGCGGAGGGCAAUAGUCCACCGGCGGCGACGGCGACAUCGAGCGGAGGCACGGGCAGCAGCGGCGUCGGCGGCGCCGUGUCAACGGCGACACUUAGACAGCACGAGCAUCGCGUGGGAACAAUGGAAGCACACGACUUUUACAGACGGCGCUACGAGGCCCAACGCAUAGAGGUGGCGAGGGAGGAGGAGGAGUGCCGCCGACGACGCGAUGCGUGCAGCGCGGCGGUGACGCGGUUUAUCUCGCAUUCAACGCGGUUGGCGUCUGUGAUGGAGCUGCAGCGGCGCAUCUACGACGAGGUGAUGCAGCGGCCAUUGGAGACCUUCGCCUCCACGGAGCCGGCCUUGACACCCGCCGCUGGGCCACCACGACGCUCGAAGCUCUCACACCUUUUUCUCCCUGCCGGGAGGGAGUCUGAGGGCGUCCCUGGCGCCUCGGCGCCUGUGACAGGCGGGGCGCAGGUUGCACUGAGAAUGUUGAAGUCCAGCUUUGCCUCCGGCCGCCCUCCGUCAACCGGCACGUCAAGUAAACCGCAGUGUGGACAAGCGACCACGCCGGGGCUGGAGGCUGCGGCGCCGGCGGCAGGUGAGUUGCCGUCAGAAGCAACGAUCCUGUCUGCAGAAGAGGUGCCGCUGGACGGGAAAGAAAAAAGUCGCAACAACGACGACAGCGCUAGAAAGCGGAGUAGCAGCGCGGAGGAGGUUCUUGCCGUCCCACCCCCGGCUGAGCAUGGGGAGCCCAAGUCAGUUUACCCCAGCCUGGUCACGGAGACCGCCACAGCAUCGACGGCGAUUUACGACAGUCGUAUCCGGUACACACGCGAACAGAACGAGGAGGAAAGAGCUCUCUCACCCGACUCUCAACCCCGUGCCUCGGGUCGAGCAGCUUUGACGGAGGAGGAGCAGCGUGGUUUGAGGCUUCUUUCAACGGUUCGUGAGCUGCGUCGCCAGGCGGAAGAGCUCACGAUUGCAGUGCUUAACGCUGUAGGUAAACGAGGCUCUGAAUCAACAGGCGCAAGUGUUUUUCGUGGACUUUUUUUGCCACCCAUUACGGCGAUGCGUCUUUUGCGGGCCGAAGAAGAGAUGGGCUUGCGAUUGGCGCGUCUGGCGGCCUCGGAGGAGGCGGAGGCUGGGGGCCUUCGCCCCGUCACGGCGGCGUUGCGGCAGCAGCAUCCGUUUAGGCGUUCAAUACCGCCCCCUCCGCCGGUCUCCGUGCAGCUGGAGACGUUUCAUUUGCCUGGAACGCGGCUGCGGAGAGGACCGGACCAAUACCAGCGAAGAGAGCAGCAACAGCAGCAACGGCAGCAGGAAAAGGCGGUGAGCGACAAUAGCAGGGCGGCGGUGCGGCCGCCGGGUACGCGGCACGCCAUUGAUGCGACGGAGGAGGACGCGCGAGAGCACGGAGGGCAGCGGCCCCAGCGGUCUGCAACGAGCGGGGGACACGAGGCCCGCUUGGGAGGGGCCCUUGUGGAUGGAGAAGCCUCGUCGCAGCUUGCAGCCGCCACAAAAGAAGGCAGAAUGGGGGAACAGCAGAAGUCGCAAAGCUUGCUUCCUGAGUUGCACCUGAGGCGUUUCUGCCUUGACAUAUCUUCAUCCUCGUCACCUGGCUCCUUGUCUUCUUCCUACACGGGCCCUGAGAGCUCCACGGCGGGUAGAAGCCACGCUGACCGUACCGCCUCCUCCACCUCAUUGACACUCUUCUCCUCCGAUAUGACAACUACGCUCGAGGCGCGAACUGGGGAGGAUGCGAACACGACUGCGGUGCUGCGGGGCAGUACGACGGGGCGGAAGGGGGAGGCCGCCGCCGAGAGUGAAGGGGCGAAUGGGAAAGACGGUCUCUUUCCUGCUUUCCACCAGGGGGGGCUUUCGCUGGAGCCGGGCGGCUCGACUACAGCGCGACUACCGGGGAACUUCACGAGUUCUUCCGUGGCGCCGAGGGUUGCGGAUGAUUUUACUGACGCCGCCUACGUCCCCAUCUUUCACGCGGAGGAGGUCUGCAAUAAAUCAAAAAAGGACGGCAAUAAGGCAAGGAAAGUGGCAAAACGCGUACUUUCUUUUUUUUCAUUCGGUGGUUGCUGCGGGGGCGGGGGUGGCAGCGCUACUGCGGAUGGGAGGAGGAGGGAUAAUGCAGCACUGCUCAGCGAGAGAGAGGCCCGACGUUAG